UUGUUCUCCGCACAGGAGGGCUGAACCGGGUCCGGUCUUUUAGGUCCAGUUCAGGAAGACUAAAAUUACAGGCCGAUAUGAGACAGUGAGACCACAUCUGAAGCAGAAUCAUCUCUAAUCACCAUGACGACGCAGCGUUAGUGCUCAGCAUCCGCAGCAUCAGCAUCAUCCGCGGCUCAGGUGCGCCGAGUCCGUCAGGAAGGAUGGAGUUUAAAGAGCUGGUGGACACCGCCGAGAAAUGGUGCUCCGGGAACCCCUUCGAGCUGAUCUUCGCCGAGGAUGUGGACGAGAGGCGGCUGGACUUCUACGCCGAGCCCGGGAUCUCGUUCUACGUGCUCUGCCCGGACAAUCUCACGGGAGGAACCGAUAAUUUUCAUGUGUGGAGCGAGAGCGAGGACUGUCUACCGUUCCUGCAGCUGGCGCAGGACUACAUCUCCUCCUGCGGGAAGAAAACACUGCUGGAGGUGCUGGACAAAGUCUUCAGAUCCUUCAGGCCUCUCCUGGGUCUUCCAGAUAUUGACGACGACACAUUUGAUCAGUAUCAUGCAGAUGUGGAGGAGGAACCAGAGCCAGACCACCAGCAGAUGGGUGUGAGCCAGCAAUAAUGGCCAGCAGUGAGGCUCGGCGCUGGGCCACCGUCUCUGCAUCAAGCCCUGCUCUCCUAACCUUACUCACCUGGCUCUUCUCCUUACACACACACACACACACACACACACACUGCACCAUUACACCCUUUAAUAUUUGGACAGCUUUUCCUGCACCCUGAUUUUAACUCAAAUGAUCAUGUUAUUUUGAUCUAUAUUAUUUGUCAUGUCGUGAUAACUCUCAUCACAUUCAAGCAGAGUUAAAACAAACAUCUCAUUCCCAGCUUCCUAAAAAAUCUCCCUAACCCAUCAUGUGACUGGAGGUAACAUCAUAAGGUAGUAAAUAUGUUCAGAAUGGAAUACUGCAUACAGCUGCAUUGUUGUCACAUGAUUAUGUUGCAUGUUUAAUUCAGCAUGUGGUGUGUGGUUCUCAUCUUCAAAAAUUAGGAUAUUUUGAAUCUAAUGUGUUAAAAACAUCUUAGUUCUUCAUAGUCUAAUCAAAUUUUUAAAAAUUGCAAUGAAUAUCAGUUCCUAUUCAUUCAUCAAAUUGCAAAUGGAAGGUAAACGCAUAGCAUUAUGGGAUACAGUCUGUAGCUUCAAUACUUCACAUUUUGAUAAAUGUUGUAUAUCAUCAGGAUAUUCCAAAAUUAACAUUAUAUACUGCAAAUUAGUAAGAGUAGUAUGCUAUUCUGAACAUAAUAAUUGUGAAUUUGCUCAAGUUGAAUAAUUAAAGAUGACAUCAUAAGAAAAGUCUUUAUUUUUGGGGGGAAUAAUGUGCACCAAUGAAUACGUCACAAUAAGACCAGGAAAAUAAGAAAAAUUAAAUAACGUCAAUUUUGAUUUCAUGUUGGCUGUAGAGAAUCUAGAUGUUGAUUGUGGAUUUAUUGUACCCUUGAAUGAGACAUUUAACCCUGGGUCACUUCUUUAGGAUUGUACUUGUAUUGAAAUGUACUUUAAAUCACUCCUAAAUGACAAAUAACCAAAGCUGAUUGCAAGCGCAAAUGAAGUAUCUGUGGUUAAGGAUCAUAUUAAAGAAGAAGAUCAGAAGUCUGAUAAUCACUGAGACAGGUUAUUGUGUUUUUGGGUGGGUGAAAUUUUUAACAAUCCCCUCUUAUUUUAAUCCUCUCUUUGCCUUGAUUGUCUUUUGAUUGUAUUAAUCAACAUUGUAUUUAGUCCUCUGAGUUAAGAAAGCUCAACUGUGAGCUUAACCAGAGAAAGGUCAAACUGUGUAUCUAAGUCAAGAAAACAAGUUCUGUUCUACACUCUUAAAAUAAAGGUUCUUCGGUGAAUCCACUUCUUAUCAAGAAUCUUUUUUGGACUCAUAGGGUUCUUGAGUUGUGAUGUACUUCUUAAAAAUUGAUUAGGCCAGUUAUGAAGUUCUUCAAAUCACCGGAACUUUCCAGAAUGUUCUUUUUAAGAACUAGGGAAUGAAAAGUUGUUGACAUUAAACUGUAAAUCCCUGGAUCUAACUGGAACCUUUAUUUUGAAGGGUAUAUAUCAGCUGGUCCAUGUCACUGCGGUUCAUGGUCAUGUGACCUGAUGUUGCCAUGACCUCUUUAAAGCAUCAUUUAUCUAUCUGCUGUCUCAUAUCUCAUGAUGAUGAUGAUUGAAGGACUGCACAGGCCGUGCCACAGCAGAGGUCAGCAGAGGCAGUGCGUGUUUCUCCAGGACAGACUGUACACUACAGUAUGUGAAUUUGCUGAUGCUAAACUUCCGCUGUUUUCUGCUUCCAUAGUGUCUUCCUGCACACGUCCAGUCUAAAGUCAAGCGUAGAGAUGAAUUAUACCAACAUUAUAUGGAAGUGUGUUGCUGAGAUCAAAGCUGCUGUUUUUCUGACUGUCUUGUUAUGUAACGGUUAAAUCUCUGUACCAGAUUGUGAUUUUUAGUUUGUUUUGUUUGUCCCACAGUCUUCAGUGAUAAACUUCUGCCACUUUUUGUUUUGAUUCACAUUGCUUAACCAUAUUUAUGUAAAACGUAUUUGUUUAAGUUUUUUGUCUUUAUGUACUUCUGUAACAGCUAAAGCUCUGUAUUGGAUUUGUGAUUUCUGUUUUAUUCAUAUUAUUUUAAUAUUAUUAUUUAUAUUAUUUAUUAAUAUUUAUCUAUUGUUUAUUAUAGCUUACCCUUUUAUUAUAUUUAUUUACUCACUCCUUUGUGUGUGUAAAUCCAUUUGUGGAUGAUAUUUUAGUCACCUUUAUAACUAAUAAUUUAAUUUCUAAGAAGAUUGUUCACAACCUACAAUGUGGUAAUUGGAAAUAUUGUUAUUGAUUUAGGUGAAUAUUGAUCAGCCUGUUGUUUAGAGUCAUUUAGAAUUAAACUGGAGUAAACUUGUUUGGGUCAGCAUGUACUGUAACCUAAAAUUCAGCAAUUAAAUUUUAACCUUAUGAGUGUA